AAGGUACUCCUCAUUACGGCUGCAGACAGAUAAACAGCGAGCGGGGAGAGGCUGGAGACAGGUCUCAGAGAGGGAGCGGGCAGGGGAGAGUGAGACAUUUGGACGAUAAGCAGUCCUGUGCUCACCUUUGCUUGACGGCUGCCUCCCUACUGCACUACCUGAGGCGCACAUACACGCACAGACACAGGGAGGUCUUUCAGGGAGGCUUAGAGGGCUGAGUCUGCAGGAAAGAAGGGAAUUAAAACACUUUGUUUUCAACCCACAGCGUCCACACUCAGGACAGAAAAAAAAGGGAUUACAGCUUGUGCGCCUGCCCCACUUGUUCCUCUCUUCACUCUGCGUUUUGUCUUCCCCCUGAGUCACUUUGGAGACUUUGGAUACAACCUUCUUUAAUUGUUGGUUUGGGCUCAGAAAGGCAUGGCGCACGGACAAAAGAGCCCCAGGUGGGCUUUAACCCAGGGCUCCUUCAGCUUGGCCCCCGGCUCGUCGCUCUUCUCCCUCCUCCUCCUCCUCCUCCUCUUCCUCGCCGUCUCAGCCGCGGAUGAGUAUGACUACUACAGCUGGCAGUCGGACAACUUCCACAAUGGCCGCUUCUACACCAAGCAACCGCAGUGUGUGGACAUACCAGCCGACCUGCGCCUGUGCCACAAUGUGGGCUACAAAAAGAUGAGGCUGCCCAACCUGCUGGACCACGAAACUAUGCCAGAGGUCAAGCAGCAGGCGGGUAGCUGGGUGCCCCUCCUGGCCAAACGGUGCCAUGCAGACACCCAGGUCUUCCUGUGCUCGCUGUUUGCACCGGUGUGCCUGGACAGGCCCAUCUACCCCUGCCGCUCGCUGUGUGAGGCCGUGAGGGACAGCUGCGCUCCGGUGAUGGAGACCUACGGCUUCCCCUGGCCAGAGAUGCUGACCUGUGAUAAGUUUCCAAUUGAUAAUGACCUCUGCAUCCCCAUGCAGUUCACUGGGAACCACGCGACGCAGCCACCAGUGUCCAAGGUGUGCCCUCCGUGUGACAAUGAGCUGAAAGCAGACAACAUAAUGGAGCAUUACUGCGCCAGUGACUUCGCUCUCAAGAUGAAAAUCAAGGAGGUGAAGAAGGAGAAGGGCGACCGCAAGCUGAUCGCCGCCCAAAAGAAGAAGAAGGUGUUGAAGCAGGGUGUGCUGAGGAAGAAGGACCUGAAGAAACUGACCCUGUACAUCAAGAACGGCGCCAACUGCCCGUGCGCCCAGCUCGACAGCCUGGGGUCCAACUUCCUCAUCAUGGGCCGCAAAGUGGACCAGCAGCUGCUGCUCAUGUCCAUUCACAAGUGGGACAAGAAGAGCAAGGAGCUCAAGUUUGCGAUCAAGUACAUGAAGUCUCACCAGUGUCCCACCUACCACACCGUCUUCCAGUGACGAGGCCCGUGCGCCCCGACAUUCUGACCCUGUCCCACGUAGGUCCAAAUUCUGUGUCCCUGAUCCCCGGACCCCUGCAAAAUAUUUUACCAGCACCGCUGCGCAGUCUUACUUUGGGGAAGCAGGGCCGC